GGAAGCUGGCCAUAGAAUCGUGCUGGAGGACCUAAGGAGUCUUAGAAUAAUGUUCUCUACUAAGCUCUAGGUUCUCCAGUGUGACUUUGGAGGUACAGUAGAGUCUCACUUAUUCAACAUAAACGGGCCGGCAGAAUGUUGGAUAAGCAAAUAUGUUGGAUAAUAAGGAGGGAUUAUGAAAAAGCAUAUUAAACAUCAAAUUAGGUUAUGAUUUUACAAAUAGAGCACCAAAACAUCAUGUUAUACAACAAAUUUGACAGAAAAAGUAGUUCAAUACGGAAUAAUGCUAUGUAGUAAUUACUGUAUUUACGAAUUUAGCACCAAAAUAUCAUGAUUUAUUGAAAAAUCAACUACAGAAAUGCGUUGGAUAAUCCAGAAUGUUGGAUAAGCAAGUGUUGGAUAAGUGAGUCUCUACUGUAGUUGGUCAUAUAGAGCCAUACUAGAGGACCUGGAGAUUUCUGGAGAGAACAGUUUAAUAAAAUCUAAAAAAUCAAAUCUGCAAAUAUGGAGGGAAACUGUAUAAAAACAUCAAAGUUACACAGCUACAUACUGUCUAAUACAACCAAAUAGAACUAACUAUUUUUAAAAAGCAUAAAAACAAACAACAGAACAAAGAAAAUACACACAGAAAAAACAAAAAACACUUUCCACUUUCUUUCUUAUCGCUUAUUGGUCAAUUCCAUUAUAAUAAUAAAACUUUAUUUAUAGACUGCUCUAUUUCCCCAAAGGGACUCAAUGACCACAUUUCUAUUUAGAUAACACUCUUAAUUCAUGAUUCCCACAGUUGAUAAUGCCCCAUCAUUGUGAAAAAGUGAUGAACAGAAUCCAAUCUUUCUGAAAGUUAGUCAAAGAUUUCUUCUUAAUAAUCAGCAUAGUCAAUUUGCCCAUCUUGGCUAAAUUCACAGAUCUUCAGCCAGAUUGUCUUCCUCUUUGGGCAGUAUGAAUAUUGAAGAUGAAAGCAAGUCUCUCAAAGAUGAUCAGUUUGACGGUGAAAACAUGUAUAUGAGUAUGACAGAGCCGAGCCAGGAGUAUGUGCCAGCCAGCCAGUCUUUUCCUGGUCCAAGUCUUGAGAGUGAAGAUUUUAACAUACCUCCGAUCACCCCACCUUCACUACCUGACCAUUCACUUGUGCAUUUGAAUGACACAGAAACUGGUUAUCCUUCACUUUGUCACCCUAUCAACCAUAAUGGCCUACUCCCAUUUCAUCCACAAAACAUGGACCUACCUGAAAUCACAGUCUCGAAUAUGCUCGGCCAAGAUGGAGCACUGCUUUCAAACUCACUUUCUGUGUUGCAAAACUGGACUCACAUGGCAGCUGAAGAAUUUGCUAUGCAAGAGUUACGGAAUACAGAAGGAGCUCAGUAUAGUUCCCAUCCCCAGAUAGCUGCCAUGAGACCAAGGGUUCAGCCUGGAGAAAUGAGGCAGCCAGGAAUGAUGCCACAUGGUCAGCUGACGACCAUUAACCAGUCACAACUUAGUGCCCAGCUUGGCUUGAAUAUGGGAGGAAACAACGUCCCCCACAAUUCUCCAUCUCCUCCCGGAAGCAAGUCUGCAACUCCUUCACCAUCCAGUUCUGUUCAUGAAGAUGAAGGGGAUGAUACUUCAAAGGUCAAUGGGGGAGAAAAAAGACCUGCCUCUGAUAUGGGAAAGAAACCCAAAACUCCCAAGAAGAAGAAGAAGAAAGACCCUAAUGAGCCGCAGAAACCUGUGUCUGCCUAUGCAUUAUUUUUCCGAGACACACAAGCUGCCAUCAAGGGCCAAAACCCAAAUGCUACUUUUGGAGAAGUUUCUAAAAUUGUAGCUUCCAUGUGGGAUGGCUUGGGAGAAGAACAAAAGCAGGUAUAUAAAAAGAAAACUGAAGCUGCUAAGAAGGAAUAUCUGAAGCAGCUAGCUGCUUACAGAGCAAGUCUUGUAUCCAAGAGCUACAAUGAACCUGUGGAUGUGAAGGUAUCCCAGCAACCUCAGAUGAUGAAUGCAAAGCAAUCGGUGUUCCAUGGAUCUACACAGCCUCAUUCAGCACUGUAUCUAAGCUCCCAUUACCACCAACAAGCAGGAAUGAAUCCUCACAUAACAGCCAUACAUCCCAAUAUUCCUAGGAAUAUAGCACCUAAGCCUAACAACCAAAUGCCUGUGACUGUUUCUAUAGCCAACAUGGCAGUAUCUCCUCCUCCAUCUCUUCAGAUGAGUCCUCCAAUCCACCCGCAUCUCAGUAUACAACAACACCAGCCACUUACAAUGCAGCAGUCCAUUGGGAACCAGCUACCAAUGCAAGUCCAGUCUGCUUUACAUUCACCUACAAUGCAACAAGGUUUUACUCUCCAGCCAGACUACCAGAAUAUUAUCAACCCAACAUCUACAGCUGCACAAGUUGUUACCCAAGCAAUGGAGUAUGUUCGUUCAGGGUGCAGAAAUCCCCCAGCACAGACUGUGGACUGGAAUAAUGAUUACUGCAGUAAUGGGGCCAUGCAGAGGGACAAAGCAUUGUACCUUACCUGAAAAUGUUAUAAUGAAGCACCUCUUCUUUCCAGUGAGGAAUGCAGGGAAGUCUUUCCAUCACAGAUUGCAUCAUGCAGUCAAGGCAGUUCUGCAUUUACUUAGAAAAUAUAAGUUGCUAAGCACUUAGGACUAUUUGAGCUGGUGGGUCAUUCACUCUGGGAAACGAAAUAGUCUUGCUCCUUCUUCCACCCCUUCCCGCCUUCCUCCACCCCUUCCUUCCUUUCUCUCCCCUUUCUCCUUCAACAUCCUUUAAUGGACAUUGCUUUUCUUCUUUAAGGAAGGAGGCUUGGACCAUUCUGAUAUUCUGUUGGUUUUUAUUUUUGCUGUGAAGUGCUGCGCUAGUAACUGCCUUAGCAACUGUAGAUGUCUUGGAUAAAAAGUCCUGGAUUUUCCAUUGGUUUUCAUAAUGGGUGUGUUUAUAUGAAACUACUAAAGACUUUUUAAAUGGCUUGAUGUAGCAGUCAUAGCAAGUUUGUAAAUAGCAUCUAUGUUACACUCUCCUAGAGUAUAAAAUGUGAAUGUUUUUGUAGCUAAUUGUAAUUUGAAACUGGCUCAUUCCAGUUUAUUGAUUUCACAAAGGGGGUUAAAUUGGCAAACAUUCAUAUUUUUACUUCAUUUUUAAGCAACUGACUAAUAGUUCUAUAUUUUCAAACUCUUUGAAAGAAAAAAAGGAAAGUUAUUCCCAAAUGAAUUUAAUUAAACAGAAAUUGGCACUGUGUCCUUAGUUAUACAAAAAAGAAAAAGAAAAGAAGUCUAGUGUUGGGAAAAGAGCAAACACAUUUAUUUUGUACUGCCUAAAACUGCUUUUUUAUCACUUUAUGUGUAACAGUUAGUAAACGUCAUUUACGUCCUCUUAUGUAUAAAACUGCCAAAUGCUUUCUUGGUAUUUUAUUAGAUGCAGAAACAGAUUGGAGACAGCUAAAUUAUAACCUUUACAUAUGGCUAUGUAUUAUUGUUUCUUCAUACUGUGUCUGUAUUUAAUCUUUUUUUAUGGAAGCUGUUGCGCCUAUUUAUGAAAUAAUAAAUAUAGGUGUUUGUAAGUAAAUUUGUUAGCAUCUUAAAGAGGAUUUUUUAAAACUACUUUUGUUGGCAUCAAUGUAUUUGCUGCUGGUGUGGACACUUUUAGUUUUUACAAGUAAAAUGAAUAAAGCCAAAUUAGCUUUUUUUUCCUCUCAGAAAAAUGGAGAUAAUCAGCAUUUAUUCUGCACUUCAUAUACUGUUGUGAGACCAAAAAAAGAAAAUUAGGCAGCGGCAGUGGAAUCUUUUAGAAACCUCCCCAUGUUUCUCUUGUCACAGAAAAGCAUUUUUCUUAAAGGAUUUGCAUAUAUUAGAUAGGGAAACUUACUUAGAAACCAUCAAAAAUAGGAAUGUGCACAGAGACUUCCCCAUUGUCGUCUAUGGGAAAACCAUUCUGCAUAUGCACAGGUAAAUUACCUUGCCUUCAAGUGACAACAGAGAGGAUGCACUGCUCCUUUCAGUCUACAGGAGGUACUGGAACGUAGCCACAGUCAUAAGUAGAUGCCUUAGACAUUCAAAUAUCAUCCUCCCCCAAAGUGAAUUAGGAUUAUUACAGAGAAAGACAACCAAAAUCUCAAGUUACCAAAAAAAAUGCUUCAGCUAUGAUAGUAAGAAAUGGCAAUAUUAGGAAGUAGUGGAAACGCCAGUUCCUUGGUAACCACUGGAUGGCCCAGAGUAGAAUAAUGACAAGAAAGGACAAAAACUGAGUAAUUUUUUUUUAAGGUUUAGGUCAUUGAUAGCUAGGAGCAAACCAUUUUAAGGUGAGUCCAUCCUGGAUGCUGCUACCUCCAUAAUUCUCCAAAAGGAAGUGGGCAUCCAUGUCCUCCCUAGAAAAUCUUUAAAAUUAUUUUUUUUACAUGAUAACUCCCCAAAUCUCCCAGUCAGCACAUGCACUGACCUACCAUGCUGGUGCAGGCAGGCAGAUUCAGAAGGUUGCAGUCGAAAAAAGUAACUUUUCCAAGUACUGGAAGGGAGGCCAUUGUGUUUUUCUUAUCUGUAAAACAGCACAGGAAAGAGUUAACCUGUUCCCAAUUUAUGUUGCACUCCUCUCUUUUUUGGAGCCCUUCUUUCCCCUUUGAGUCCUCCCUCUCUUCAUCCCAAGCAAGUAUCAGAUUAUGUUUGGGGUGAGCUGGUUCUUAUCAUUCCCUUUCUCUCCAUUGGCUUGUCCCACACUGUGAGCACAGCCAGACAAGGCAUCUCUCAAUUUUUGGGGAUGUUUACAAGAAUAGUUGCUUUAUCAUAAGAGAUGCUUACUGUGGAAAGGUUUUAGAACCCAUAUGCUGAUCACAUUGGUAGCCAUUUGGCUUCUGUUUCCGAUGCGAAAUACAGACGUUGUAUUUAUCCAAUCUCUCUAACUUAUCUCCAUGUAAAAUGCCCCAAAGGUACAUACAGUAUGUUUGCUUUCAAAUAAAAUCAGGCAAUGUACAAACUUGAAUCACUUGCGCAUGUAAUAAUAAAUAAUGCAGAUCGGAUGUGAUUAUUCAAAUGACUGUAGCUGAGUUCUAAUUUUCUUGUCUAGAAUCCAUGUAGGAAUUCAAGAUUAGAUUCAUAGUUUAUUGUCUUUAUGUUCAGUACUUUAGUGAUGUACCAGCAUUAACAAUUUGGUUUUCUUUUUAUUUUAAUUCUGUUAUGGUAAAUUUAAUUUCCCGCUCUGAUUAAUUCCACAAAAAGAGCAGACAAUUUGUGAUCAUGGGAAUCAACUUUGACAGAAUUUUCUGGGGGAGUGUUGUAUUAUCAGCAUCUUUUCUGGAGAGGCUGUUCUGUCACCAUUUAUUCAAUAGCCAACCAAGGUUCAAACUAGAGGCAAAUAUUAAUGUCAAUAAAAAGUAUGUCAUAAACUA